CAACAACAUAUAAAUACAGGCAUAACCCAUUGUAGGUUAUUGUUACUGUCGUCGUAAAAGAGAAGACGUGGUUUGCUCUAUAAAAUCUGUUCAGGAUUAGUAAAAUGGAACAUAAUCAAAUUGAACUUGGUGAUGGGGAUGAUAGUAGCGGAUCGUCAUCAUACCAUGAUAUUUCCAAUCAUGAAGACCAUUCUUCUGAGUUGUCUGACUAUGAACAAAUAGACAACAUUGAAAAUCUUCCAUUGUCAGAAGAGGAUAAUACUGAAGGUGAAAACCUAGUUGGUGAUCAUCUUUAUCUAGGAGCCAUGGAAGAAGUUAGGGGAAGAACUGUCUUAGAUGAAGAUAGUAUUGUUGAAAUGCCUGUAGUAGUCCAAGAUGGUUUGAUAUGUGUUCCAGGGCAGAUCCUUCCGUUAACAAUAUCACAUCCUCAUAUUAUGGCAAUGAUGAGGCGUGUUAUAGAAGGAAACCACAUAUUUGGGAUACUGUCUUUUAGGCCGUUCGAACCCCACAUCAACAACGCAAAGUACAAAAUAGGAGCAACAGCAGAAAUCUAUGAAUAUGGAGAACAGGCUGAAGGUUUUGAUGAAUCUGGUUUCGGCUUUAGAAUUAAAGCUCGAAUUCGUCAGCGUGUGAAAGUCAUUCAAGCCCGAAGACAAAUCGAUGGAAUUAUUAUUGCAAAGGUACAGAUUCUGCCCGAAAUGGAAGUGUGUGACUCGCUGUAUUGCUGCCGUUCAUACAGCAUAGAUAAGCAUCGGCUUUCUCCGGGAAAUUCGUCGGAUGUUUCUAUUGCGUCGCUGCUAUCAAAAAAACGAAUCUAUGAGUUGCAGUAUAAAAUCCCCUAUUCCAUCUGGCCUUCAUGGGUUCAUCGUUCGUAUGAUCUUCAAUUUGUAGCACAGCGCGUGCUUUUAGAGCUGAGAACAUCGAUUUUUGUCGAUGUCGGAUCCGGGUCAAUCGUCCCUCGAAAUCCGAUUGAUCUUUCUUAUUGGGUUAUUCAAAAUUUACCACUGGAUGAUGACCUCAGACUUCAACUACUGAGUAUUAAUAAUCCUAACCAGAGGUUGCGGGCAGAACUUUCAGUCCUUCAACGAUGUGAAUUUCUGUGUUGUCGGGAGUGCGAUUAUGCCGUUGCUCGCCAAACGGAUGUUUUUGCCAUGUCAAAAGAGGGGCCACAGGGCGUCUACGUGAAUCCUUUUGGUCAUGUACACGAAACUGUUACUGUUCAUCGCGUCGAUGGCUUAUCCGUCACUACACCACCUUCAACUGAAUUUAGCUGGUUCCCUGGUUACGCGUGGUCAAUCGUCGAGUGCUCCUAUUGCCACAAUCACAUGGGCUGGCUGUUUACUGCAAACGAUCGUCACUUGCAGCCAGCAAGCUUUUGGGGUUUAUGCCGAAGAUCUCUUAAGCCAAGACUGAAAGCGAAUGACGAAAGCGAAUUUGUUGUCGUCGUGUAAAUCGAAAAAGUAAAAAAAAAAGUAAAAAAAAAAUUAAAAAAAAAAGUAAAAAAAAAGUAAAAAAAAAGUAAAAAAAACUCUUCGUCUCUAUUGAUGUCGCUGCUUCUUUAAUUUUGGAUACAUUGAGAAUUAUCCACCUAAUGCGCUGUUGGGCGUUUAUGGAAUAAUUUUCUUACCAUGUUGUGAUCGAAAACGAUCGUCAUCGCAUGUUUGUUUAGUGGAAAAGAAUUUCGCGUUUCACAUACAUUUCUGGUUUUCGCUUUUUCGAUACUUUCGAAAAACGUGGCAACGUUACAAGUAGAAACUAGCAGAAACUAAGACUACGUAUCAUGUUAGAAGAUGGAUGCGUCUUGCUGAAAUAAACAGUUAAACAGUAUAAUGUCACUACAAAAAGAAAUCUAGAACUAUCGGAGUGUUCGAAGGUAUUAAGUUCCGAUUCAACGCACCAAGUUUAUUAUUGCUCGGAUCGAGGCAAGCAGAUGGCUCACGAGCACACUAAUAAUGGAAUGGAUUAGAGCACUGGGCAUCAUACUUGUUCAGUUGAAGACACCAUGGUUAAUUACUAUUAGCUAUUCAGUGUUUGUUACUUCGUAUAUUGAUGACUCUAGAGAAAUUACUUGAGA